AUGUGUCAAAAUUAUCCGUCGGCGCUUGAAGGCCUUACCCCAGUCGAGGAGUGUCUUAUUGCUAGGUGCCAUCCCCUCGGAAUAAUUUUGAAGUUGCGCCCUGGGGGCCACACGUCACCGGUAUCCCAUCGUGCUCUGCGCGGCCACUUCAUCGUCAUCCCGCAGGACCCAGAGCCACUUCUUGAAAUUCUUCCGAGCCCAGCAUUAAUGUUGCAUUAUGUGAUUAGGGUGUUUUGGUUGGGAAAACAGCCCGCCACCUACGCGGAUUUAUCUCCAUUUUUGCUGGUACGAAAGCAUAGGGUACUUAGGGCUCUCCAAUAUCUAACACGACAUAAUCAUGUUUAUCACAAUGUUAUCGUCAACCCUCAAGUGAUCGACACGUGGGAUGACGACUUCAUUCCAGCCGAACUUGAAGAGAAGAUCAUUUCUGUGGAUGUGCCAGAUAGCCUGGAACGAGAGGGCUACUCGGUUCAUUUGGAUGCUAGUAACCACGAAAAUGAUUUCCAGGCCGCACAAGAUACUGACUGGGAGAUGGGUAUAAAUGCGCCACUGGUGACUGGGUCUGUUUCCACCGGUAUUAACGGUGAACGUCAGAGCCCCGAGAGGCGCCUCUUGAAAGCCUUGUUGGACAUAGUUGCAAACCCUCCCGCAUCAUCCAUCCAACAUACACUUACACAUGGCCAGCAGCAAAUACCUAGCCUUUCUUACAGAAUCCGGGGCCAGGCAACCCUUGUAGACCAUUGGCAUGAUGCAGCGUACUUUACUGGUGCCUUUCCAACUUUGUUUUCGCUGGGCAUUGGAGGUCAUCUGGACGAACGCCCUUUGGACGUCUUUUUAUCUUCAUUUGCGGAGUGGGCACUGAAGCACCACAGCAGGAGAUUCGCGCGCCACAGAACCUUUAUGUAUCUGAUAUACGAUGUGCUACAGAUUCGAAAAUCUUCACUCGGGAAUAAGUUGGUUCUUCAACGUCGGCACUGGUCAUCAACCACUGGCGAUAUUUCUUCUCUUACAGAGGAUCGGCUUCGUGCUGCGCUUCGCGAUCUAGAAAACCUUCAUGAAGUCAAAGAUCCACCGGUUUCCCGUCUGCUACAUGUUAUGAAAGCAAUUGCCAUGUCUCAUCGUCUGUUUUGGAAUGCCUGCUUUUGGAUUACCAUCAAUCCCUCAGAUUUACGAAGUCCACUUGUCAUCAUCUUGGCUGGUAUUGAGUAUUCCGACGAUAUCUUGUCCGCCUCGAAUUCCGUUAUUCGAGAUGCGACCGCUACGUCCAACCCAGGGGCGGUUGCCUCAUUUUUCCAUAGUGUUUGUACCGCUGUUUUGGAGGGUUUGUUCGCUAGCGGGCGCGAUCGCACUGGAAUUCUCGGAGAUGUUUCAAAUCAUUAUGGCGUGGUUGAGAUCAAUGGCAGAGGGAUGUUGCAUUUACACGCAAUGGUGUGGCUCAAAGGCAACCUCUCAUUUGCUAAUCUGCGAAGCGGCGUCCUUGCCGACGCCGACUUUGCUACGCGCGUUCUCCACUGCCUCGAAAGUGUCAUCAUCCAGAGCGUAGAUGAGAGUACUCCCGUUGAUCCGAAAGUCAAUCUUGCGCCAAUGGGCCCCUCUGCUUCCGACCCAGAAUCAGAUCAUGAUUUCCACCUUGGACUAUUUAAUGAUAGCAACAUUGCUCGGUCUAAACAAUUGCACUCCAAAAGGCACUUCGCCACGUGUUUCAAGUACCGCCCGACAGACCGGUCUAAAAGCACGUGUCGCUUUGGGAUGCCCCGUGAAAUCAUAAAUCCGUGGAAUCCCACCAUUGCCAGCUGUCUCCGUCCAAAUCACGACAUCUCUUGGAUCCCGACCGUCUCGAAAUCGUUGGCUCUAGUCUACUACAUCGCCAACUACGCCACUAAAGACGAUGUGUCUCCAUGGCAGAUGGUAGCGAAAGGAGUAUUCUUGAAGCAAGCAAUCGAAAAGGCAAAAGUCGCUGACCCAUCAACCGCCACUGAUCUGCGGCUUCGGGAAAGGAAUAUGGAUAAUUUCGCGCUCCGUUGCUUCGAUAGUCUGGCGCACGACCGGAAAGUGAGCGGUGUUCAGGUCGCCAGUACCCUGCUCCAUCUUCCUAACUACUACACUGUCAACACCAGAUUCGUCCGUGUCAACAUGUGGCAGUACGUACGUGAUCUUCGACGUGGUUCCAGUACAGAUGCUGAUGAUUCCGCUGGAACUGCCGACGAGCCCUGUACAUUCCAAGCUGGGGAUACAGCUCCAGUAAGUUUGUUCGACAAUUAUAAAUGGCGUGGAGCCGACCUUGCCGCCUUCUCAUUCUUUGAGUACUGCAUGCUGGUCCAAAUAGGAAGCAAGCGAAGGAAUCAUCCUGAUCACUUUGACUUUCACCCGCGCCACCCGAGACGUAGUGCCUGUGUCCAGCAUGUCGCCCGCUUACCGUCCCAGAUAGCCAUAGUCCCAUUCAGUGGCCAACUCACACAGUAUCAAACGGCAGAAGACUCCAUCCGUGGAGGGCAUCCGAUGACCGAUGCCAUUGCGAAUGAUCUUGCGGAGAUACUUCUCGGCCUUUUUGUUCCCUGGGACAAACUACGCGAUAUGUGUCUUUUUGAGCCUCCCGAAACCAAUGUUUUGUCACACAUCUGGUCGUCGGUCAAACCCACGCUUGCGCCACAUAUCCAAGAAUUUGCCGCAAAUAUCGAGCUUCUCCGGAAAUCAAAGGACGAUUGCCAGAUAGACGCUAGAUUACGACACUCUAUGAACAACCCCGCCGAGCUGUUCGACCGCCAUGUUGAUCACAUAGAUUCGGCCGACCUUGAGCGGAUAGACGCACAGGAUAACGAUUGUUUCGUACCUCCUGAGGAUGAAAGAUUCACGGCGGAGACUUUGAUUGCCGCCUAUAAUACUGACGGCGGCCCGUCUGAACCUGCUACCGCGCAACUGCAUGACUUUGAUCUAGCAGAUGAAGAUGGCAUGCUACAACCCGUAUUGACAAACGCAAGCAUGUCUGGUGAUACACCAGCACGGCUUGCUCUCCUCGAAAAUCCAACGCCAGAUUCAGUGUUGACGCUGAUCUGCACAGAUAUCCUACUGAAUAUGAAGCAAUCGCUCGUGGUGCGGAAGUUACUAACCGAAAUUAUCAUGUGGGCUGAUCAUUACUGUGAUCCAUCAAGGCGCAAGCAACUUCUCCUCUGCAUUACGGGAGAAGGUGGCACGGGUAAGACCCAGAUACCUAAGGCCAUCGAAGCCGCUCUGGAUAUUCUUGGUCGGAAGCACGAGAUCAUCCCGACCGCCCCCACGGGGGCUGCAGCAGACAAUUUAGGAGGUAACACCUAUCAUACUUCUCUUGGCAUCAAUAUUUCCUAUAAAGCAGCCAUCGGCACCCGCGUUAGAAGGCUACGGGCGCAAAAGACUAUCUUGGUUAUUGACGAAAUGAGCAUGAUGGAUUUAAGAAUGCUAAGCGUGAUCAACAAUCAAUGCAAAGUCGCUCGGUCACUGCCGAGAUCCUCUCCCGACCUCUUUGGCGGCCUUCCUAUCGUGAUUCUUAUGGGCGAUUUCUUCCAGUUCUCUCCUGUUCGCGGCCCACCAUUAUGGAAAGAACCAAGGCAUGGAGUUGAUGAGGACGCCGCCGGCCGGCAGAUCUGCGUAGGUUUGAACAUGUCAUCAUUCUCGAUGAGCAAAUAA